CAGUACAGUCAAGUGGAGUUUGUUGGAGUCAAGUAUUUCUGGAAAUCUAUGAACCAUGCUCCAUCGUCUUUGUGUGCGGCUACAACCUCGUUAUCUCACAAACAGUGUUGGGGGAAAGCCAGCUGCUUCCAGUGUACUCUCUCGUACGGUAUCUCUUGCAGCCUGUAGUCGACGAGGAGCCAUGGCCAUGCCAUCUCUUCGUCGUUUCUUCACUACAACUCCUGACAACAGGGAAAUCAAAGGCCCAGACUUUUGGAAUGGCUUGACAACAGAGGAGAAGCGCCAGUAUUACCGGUGUAAAAGUCAGUACGAGCCACUUGAUGAUGUUAUCCUGUGGCCCCUCGACCAGAAGAUAAAGCGACUUAAGGUGAAGGACCCGGCUCUGCUGGAGAAGGUCAAGCCCGUCAAUGAUAUUUUCAACCGGAAGGUGUCUCUGUGGCAAGGAGACAUUACACGUCUUGAGAUCGACUGUAUCGUGAACGCCGCCAACAGCAGCCUGCUGGGUGGAGGAGGAGUGGAUGGAGCCAUUCACAAGGCUGCGGGCAAGUCGCUGUUCAACGAAUGCGAGACACUGAAUGGCUGCUCAACGGGUGAUGUGAAGGUCUCUUCAGGUCAUCGUCUUCCUGCAAAAAGGAUUCUUCAUACUGUUGGCCCGAUGGGAAGGAAUCCGGUAAAGCUGGCCAGCUGCUACGAGCGAUCCUUGGAGGAGCUACUCAAGCUGGAAAUGCGUACCAUUGCGUUCCCAUGUAUCUCUACUGGGGUCUAUGGGUAUCCAAGUGAAGCAGCAGCGCAUGUUGCACUGGGCACAGUGCGCCAGUUUCUGGAAACCGCCGACAAUGCCAGCAAGGUUGAUCGAAUCAUCUUCUGUGUAUUCCUGACCUCUGAUCAUCGCUUGUACCAUGAAUUGCUGCCCGUCUACUUCCCCUGUGAUCCUACGCCUGCUGCAGAAUCUGAUGAAGGAACUGCCGCGAAACGCCUCAAGACCCCUCCAGCUGCCGAGGAAGAGACUGAAGAAGAGGAGUCUACAACGGCGUUUGAGUUGGACAGUGUUGACCACCUAGAUUCACUGGAAUCAAGUCCAUCUCACGAUGAGUCAGGUAGGCAAGCAUUGGGUUCAGAAAACACAACAGCUACUUCUGCUGCUGCUGCUGCCGACGCUACUGUGGACCUUGGCCGCCAGAGCUCUGGUACGGACACUCUGACUGCAAAGAUCGAUACUGUGCUAGGCGAACACUCUUCGAGCACUGUAUCCACGCCAGAACCAAGUAACUCGGGGGACGAUAGUGAGGAAAGUCCCACCGCCACCGGCAGUGUUGUGCCAACGCUGAAGAAAGCGUUUACUGAACCUGCACGCCGCGCUGGUUCGUAGUGUACCUGUGCAACAUGCUUUGUCAUACUGGAGGCAGCUUGGUCGGGCUGGAGGCAGCUUGGUCGGGCUGGAAGCAGCUUGGUCGGGCUGGAGGCAGCUUGGUCGGGCUGGAAGCAGCUUGGUCGGGCUGGAGGCAGCUUGGUCGGGCUGGAAGCAGCUUGGUCAGGCUGGAGGCAGCUUGGUCGGGCUGGAAGCAGCUCGAUUGUACUGGAGGCAGCUUUGUCGGGCUGGAGGUGAUAGUGGCAUGAAUGCAAUCACUGCUCACUCCAUUACUUGGAUGCGAGGAAUUUGGUGACAUAAAUGCCUGUCCAUUUUUUCUGAUGCGCAAUCGGCAUGAUGUACGUGAACAUGCGCCAACACGCAUGUAAUACUCAACAGAGAUGCUUUGACUUUGGGCUGGAGAGCUGCGUUUAUUACCAGCCGAAAACUAGAGCGCAGUCUCGUUUCUUUUUUCAAGGACCACCCUGAUCUUCUAGUAUUAUGAAAGAAAAUCGUAAAACAUAUUUCUCGGAAUUGUUGCAUUCUAUUGAUCAUAGCAUUUUGUCUUGCCCUUAAAAAUGUAGCUAUGAAACACAUCGAUUUUAGUUUUAGAUAAGACCAUGAUUGUACUUGAGAAACAUUUGAGAUCAUCUGAUCAGAACUUCAACGUGUACGUAUAAUCAA